CGGUACAUCGACACGCAUCACAUCCGAGCGAGACGUCGCGGUACCGAGACGCCUUCUCGCGUGUGUUAUAAAGUUGAACAUGUUGUUCUGUGUUACGUGCGUCUUAUGUGUUACUGUGGCUGCCCGAGCCCACCCCCGAAGUGUGGAGACCGUGAAUAUUACACAACCAGGAGAGAAAAGAUAUGGUAUCUAUUACCAUCCGCCCGAAUAUUCAUUUCCAACACCACCAUAUAAUUACCAUCAUCCAGAACCUCACGACGAAGGCGCAUCACCACCAUAUGGUGACCUAAACCUCCCUCCGCCACCUUACGGUGACCCAAAUUAUUCACCGUCUGAAUUACCAUGUAGAAACGAAUAUCCUUCAUCUGGCAAUGAAAACCCAUUACAACCGUAUGGUAACCUAAAUCUCCCACCGCCACCUUAUGGUGACCCAAAUUCAUAUACACCAUCUGAAUUACCGUAUAAUAAUCAGUAUCAAUCAACUGGCAACGAAAGCCCAAUACAACCAUAUCAUAACAGCAACUUCCCGCCGUCUUAUGAUGACCCAAAGUCAUACACACCUCUGCCAAAUAAUAAUCAAUAUCCGCCACCUGGCAACCGAAACCUACCAUUAUACGGUGAUCUAAAUCGCAAGUUACCACAGUAUAAUAUCCAAAAUCCAAAUAUACCACCAAGUUUCUCCUACAACGAGUAUCUGCCACCUGGCGACCGAAGUUCCAUACCACCGUUUGGUAACCUAAAUCAGACGUUACCAAAGUAUAUAUUACCAACAUUCGACUCGGACCGAACAUCACUAUCCAACCGUGAAUCGUCGCAGUUGAUAUCAAGUGAGGAUGAGGAAGACCCUUGCAACCCACACUUUUCAGAGAAACCAGACUUUUUAGCUGGAGGAAGACGGAUUAGCGAAGCUAAAUGUAUGGGUUACGUAUGGAAUUUGCAAAGAAUGCAAGAAAUAGAAAAUAAACGAAUCCUCUGUGAAAUAGAAACAAAGAGGAAACAAACGGGAUACUACCCAGCAGUCCCGGCCGCUGUGGGUGGUAGAGCAGCUUUUCCAGGAGAAUUUCCACACAUGGGUGCGAUAGGAUGGCUUGGACUGAAGGGAGAGUGGCUAUUCAAGUGCGGGAGUUCUCUGAUCAGUCCGAAGUUUGUGCUCACAGCUGCUCACUGCUCCAAGGCUUCUGCUCUCAGCACUGACCUCGCUGAUCCAGUUCCAAAGAUUGUGAGACUCAGCCACGUAAACAUUGAUUUAGCAACACGUGAUACAGUGCAUCUGAAAUAUGACGUCAACAUUGAAAGAAUUAUUGUCCAUCCAAACUACAAGCCUCCUAAAAAGUACUAUGACAUAGCACUCAUGGAAUUGGACCAUGAAGUAGGCUUCUGGCAGAUGGUCCAUCCAGCUUGCCUUUGGACAAGUCCUGACGUCAAACAGCUGAGUGCCAUUGCAACGUUAACUGGAUGGGGCGUUUUGAAAGAAGGUAAUUUAGACAUAUCACCAAACCUACAAGCAGCAGUAGUGGAUUUCAUAGGACAGCAUCGAUGCGACGCAUUACUGGCGAAGAAGCGCAACAGGCACUGGUCUGGACUGCAAGAGCACCAGCUAUGUGCUGGGAAGCUGGCCGGAGGAGUAGAUGCUUGUCAAGGCGAUUCCGGAGGUCCAUUGCAAGUGCCAAAAAAACUGGAUAUAAAUACACCAUACAAACUAUACUACGUGGUUGGCGUGACGGCCUUCGGCUUCGGAUGCGCUCGUCGGAACCUGCCCGGAGUCUACACCAGGGUGUCCAGCUUCCUCGACUGGAUCGAGCCUAUUGUGUGGCCAUGACGUCUGUUUUUAUAAAUAAUAUAAAUUAUUCAGUUACCAACAUUCAAGUUAGAUUUUUUUUUCUAUGAAAGACAAAUAUCUACGGUCAGUUGUUGCAAUUUAUAUUAACCUUACAUUCGUCAUCCAAACAUUUUGCACUAUACAAUGCAUACUAAUAAGUAAUCAUACAAAUGCAAAUAUAUCUCGCUCUGCAAUGUUUUCAAGUCAAAAUUACUGAACCGAAUUUGAUGAAAUAUGUUAAUUGGACUUUAAAAAAUGAGGCUACUUUUUAAAUAUUUGUAAUAAACCGAAUUCUACGCGAGGUGACGAAUGAAAGCUAAUAGAAAAUAUUCCAUACAAUAGUACAUUAGUGAGCAAUUCGACAUUAACAGGAGUAUAGCAAAGAGGAAUAAUCGUGGCUGGAACCGUCCAUUCCACUUGUACGGGAAAUAAAUCCUACCAAAUCCCGGAUCGGUUUAAUGGAACGCUCAGGAGACACACGGACUGCCAGUAUCUACUCAACUCGCUCGUGACUCUGGUUUAGAAUUAUAUUGUUCGAAUU